UUUGCUAUAAGUUUUCCCUGUCUUAUAUCAGAUUUUCCCAAAUUGAUGGCUACCAUUUUUCUGAUUCCAAUCCCAGAAGAGGUCACAGGGCGUGGAAGAAUGGCAGAUGAUCGGAAAGAUGAAGGAAAGGCGCCUCACUGGACCUCAGCUCAACUAACAGAGGCAUCUGCACACCCACAUCCACCUGAGAUUAAGGAUCAAGGCGGGGCAGGGGAAGGACUUGUCAGAAGCGCCAAUGGAUUCCCAUACAGGGAGGAUGAAGAGGGCGCCUUUGGAGAACAUGGGUCACAGAGCACCUAUUCAGAUACCAAAGAGAAUGGAAUCAACGGAGAGCUGACCUCAGCUGACAGAGAAACAGCAGAGGAAGUGUCUGCAAGGAUAGUUCAAGUAGUCACGGCUGAGGCUGUAGCGGUCCUGAAAGGUGAACAAGAGAAAGAAGCUCAACAGAAAGAUCAGCCUGCAGCUCUGCCUUUAGCAGCUGAAGAAACAGCUAAUCUGCCUCCUUCUCCACCUCCAUCACCAGCCUCAGAACAGACCAUCGCAGUGGAAGAAGGUUUACUUCCAGCCUUGAAGAUGGAGUUCCAUGAUCAACAGGACUUGACUCCCUCUCCAGCUGAGCCAUUAGACAAGAAGGACAAGGAGUCAGAGAAACAAAGUAAGCCUGGUGAAGACCUUAAACAUGCUGCCUUAGUUUCUCAGCCUGAGACAACUAAAAUUUCCCCUGACAAAAAGGACAUGCAAGGCCCAGAGGAAGAAAAAGCACCUCCCACUCUGUUUGGGCAUACUCUUGGUGCCGGGCUAGAAGACAUGAAACAGAAGAUAGAACCAAGCCCCGUGGUGCCUGGUAUUGGCCUCUCUGCAGAGCCCCCAGCUCCAAAAGAGCAAAAGGACUGGUUCAUCGAAAUGCCAACGGAAGCCAAAAAGGAUGAGUGGAGUUUAGCUGCUCCCAUCUCGCCUGGCCCUCUAACCCCCAUGAAGGGAAAAGAUGUCCUUGAGGAUAUCCCCAAAUGGGAGGGCAAACAGUUUGAUUCUCCCAUGCCCAGUCCCUUUCAGGCUGGCAGCUUCACUCUUCCUUUAGAUGUCAUGAAGAAUGAAAUAGUUGCAGAAGCAUCGCCCUUUGCCCCUGCCCUAUUACAACCAGAUGACAAAAAAUCUCUGGAAGAAACCAGUGGCCCAGCAACUGCCAAAGAUAGUUUUAAAGCUGAAGAGCCCCAUGAGGAUAAACCUGACAAAAUGGCAGAAGCGCCAGCCCCAGAGGCAUUCACCUUACCCAAAGAUGCCCACAUUCCGACCGUGGAAGAAUGUGUCCCAGAGAAAGUUUUGGGAGAGGAGAAAGGGGCAAUAAAGCAAGAGAGUGCACAGAAAAAAGAGCAGGAAGUGACACUUACUGAAAAGGAACCACCACUAAAGCUUGAAGAAAAGACAACCAUUUCUGACAAAGAAGCCGUGCCAAAAGAGAGUGAGCCCCUGAAACUGACAGAUGGAGAAACAGGCAUAAUUCAGCCCUGCAUGGAACACACCCUCUCAAAAGAAGAGCAGAAAGUCCAAGAGCCUACCACAGAGCCAUUAAAACAGGACUCAUUCCCUGUCAGUGUGGAACAAGCAGUGACAGACUCAGCUGUGACCUCUAAGACGCUGGAGAAAGUCAUGACCGAACCAGUGGCAGUAAGUGAAAAGAGUGCAGUCCAGGACCUUUUUGAAGAAAAAGUUGCAGACAAAGAUAUUAAGAUGGAAGGGGUUGGGCCUGCAACAUCAGCGGAGCUUGACAUGCCGUUUUACGAAGAUAAGUCAGGAAUGUCCAAGUAUUUUGAAACAUCCGCCUUGAAAGAAGAAGUGACAAAAAGCAUCCAGCCAGGCAGUGAUUACUAUGAACUCAGUGACACCAGAGAAAGUGUCCAAGAGUCUUUUGAUACCCUAUCUCCCGUGUAUAAAAAUGGAGACAAGGGACUUGAGGCGGGUAAAGAACCCCAGCCCAGUGCUCCAGCACAAGAAACAGGGUACAGCACUCUUGCACAGAGUUAUCCGUCUGAUUUACCUGAAGAACCUAGUUCUCCUCAAGAAAGAAUGUUUACUAUUGACCCAAAAGUGUAUGGGGAGAAGCGGGAUCUCCACAGUAAGAAUAAGGAUGACUUGACGCUAAGCAGGAGUUUAGGACUUGGUGGGAGGUCUGCAAUAGAACAGCGAAGCAUGUCAAUCAAUUUGCCCAUGUCUUGCCUGGAUUCCAUAGCCCUUGGAUUUAACUUUGGUCGGGGACAUGAUCUCUCUCCUCUGGCUUCUGAUAUUCUAACCAACACUAGUGGAAGUAUGGAUGAAGGGGAUGAUUACCUUCCAGCCACAACACCUGCACUGGAGAAAGCCCCCUCUUUCCCAGUAGAAAGCAAAGAGGAAGACCAGACAGAGGGAGGAAAAGCUGCCGGAGAGGAAAGUACUCAAGUCGAGACCUCGUGUGAGUCACCUUUCUUAGCCAAAGAUUACUACAAAAAUGGUACUGUCAUGGCCCCUGACCUGCCGGAAAUGCUAGAUCUGGCAGGCACAAGGUCAAGAUUAGCUUCCGUGGGUGCAGAUGCUGAGGUUGCCAGGAGGAAGUCAGUCCCAUCAGAGACUGUGGUCGAGGAGAGUAGUACCGGCUUGCCCCCUGUCACCGAUGAAAACCACGUCAUUGUUAAAACAGACAGUCAGCUUGAGGACCUGGGUUACUGUGUGUUCAAUAAAUACACAGUCCCACUCCCAUCACCCGUUCAAGACAGUGAGAAUUUGUCAGGGGAGAGUGGUUCCUUUUAUGAAGGCACAGAAGAUAAAAUGCGAAGAGAUCUAGCCACAGACCUGUCCUUGAUUGAAGUAAAAUUGGCAGCUGCCGGCAGAGUCAAAGAUGAGUUCGGUGCUGAGAAAGAAGUACCCCCGCAUACCUCUGGUGACAAAUCGGGACUGGGUAGGGAGUUUGAUCAGGAGAGGAAAGCUAAUGAUAAGCUGGAUACUGUUCUGGAAAAGAGUGAAGAACAUGUUGAUGCAAAAGAACACGCCAAGGCAACAGAAGAGGCCAGUGAUGAAGUUGAAACAUUUGGCUUAGGAGUAACCUACGAGCACAUUCCCACCAAAGAACUGACCAUUUCAAAAGACACAUCACCUCCCAUGGCCGAGAAAGCUGAGAAAGGUCUUAGUUCAGUGCCAGAAGUAGCUGAGGUCGAACCAUCCAAAAAAGCUGAACCAGAACUGGAUUUUGUUGCAAUGAAAGCUGACCAGGGUCAACUAGAUGUGAAAAUCAGUGACUUUGGACAGAUGGCCACAGGGCUGGCAGUAGAUGCUGGAAAGGCAACAGAGCUUAAGCUCGAGGCUACUCAAGAUCUCCCCCCCUCAUCUGGAGCGCCUCAGGAGGAAGACGCGUUUAUGAGUGUUGAGGCUGGCCACAUGAAAGAAGGCACUAAAGUCAGUGAGACGGAAAUCAAGGAGAAGGUGGCCAAGCCUGACUUGGUGCACCAGGAGGCUGUAGACAAGGAAGAGUCCUACGAGUCCAGUGGUGAGCAUGAGAGCCUCACCAUGGAGUCCUUGAAAGCCGAUGAGGGCAAGAAGGAAACAUCCCCAGAAUCCUCUCUAAUUCAAGAUGAGAUUGCCAUCAAAUUGUCAGUGGAAAUACCUUGUGCACCUGCUGUCUUGGAGGCUGAUUUAGUCCCAGAUGAGAGAGCUGAUGUCCAGAUGGAAUUUAUUCAGCAGCCGAAAGAAGAAAGCAAAGAAACCCCAGAUAUCUCUGUCACGCCCUCCGACGUCACAGAGCCAUUGCCUGAAGCCACCAGGGCUGAACCGGCAGAGGCUCAGAGUGAGGAAGAAGAGAUAGAAGCCCGGGGAGAAUAUGAUAAACUGCUCUUCCGCUCCGACACCCUUCAGAUUACCGACCUGGGCGUCCCAGGUGUCAGGGAGGAAUUUGUGGAGACCUGCCCUGGUGAGCACAAAGGAGUGAUCGAGUCUGUUGUGACCAUCGAGGAUGACUUUAUCACUGUGGUGCAAACCACAACAGAUGAAGGGGAGUCAGGUUCCCACAGCGUGCGUUUUGCAGCCCUGGAGCAGCCUGAGGUGGAGAGGAGAUCGUCCCCCCACGCUGAAGAAGAGCUCGAAGUAGAAGAGGCAGCCGAAGCCCAGGCGGAACCCAAGGAUGGCUCCCCGGAGGCUCCCGCUUCCCCUGAGAGAGAAGAGGUUGCACUCUCAGAAUAUAAGACGGAAACCUAUGACGAUUACAAAGACGAGACCACCAUUGAUGACUCCAUCAUGGAUGCUGACAGCCUCUGGGUGGACACUCAAGAUGAUGAUAGGAGCAUCAUGACAGAACAGUUAGAAACUAUUCCUAAAGAGGAGAAAGCUGAAAAGGAAGCUCGGAGACCAUCUCUUGAGAAACAUAGAAAAGAAAAGCCUUUUAAAACCGGGAGAGGCAGAAUUUCCACUCCUGAAAGAAAAAUAGCUAAAAAGGAACCUAGCACAGUCUCCAGAGAUGAAGUGAGAAGGAAAAAAGCAGUUUAUAAGAAGGCUGAACUUGCUAAAAAAACAGAAGUUCAGGCCCACUCUCCCUCCAGGAAAUUCAUUUUAAAACCUGCUAUCAAAUAUACUAGACCAACUCAUCUCUCCUGUGUUAAGCGGAAAACCACAGCAACAGGUGGUGAAUCAACUCAGGCUUCCAGUGUAUUUAAACAGGCAAAGGACAAAGUCUCUAGUUCUACCUUGUCAAAGAUUCCUGCCUUACAGGGUAGCUCAAAGUCCCCAAGAUGCAGCUCUGCUUGCCCUAGUACGUCUCAAAGGGCUUCAUUUUCUGACAGGUUUUCAAUACAGCCCACCUCAGCAGGCUCCACAGACCGUUUGCCAUACUCAGAAUCAGGGAACAAGGAUGGAGUAACCAAGAGCCCAGAAAAGCGCUCUUCUCUGCCCAGACCCUCCUCCAUUCUCCCUCCUCGUCGAGGUGUAUCAGGAGACAGAGAUGAGAAUUCCUUCUCUCUCAACAGUUCCAUCUCCUCUUCAGCACGGCGGACUACCAGGUCAGAGCCAAUUCGCAGAGCAGGGAAGAGUGGCACUUCCACACCCACUACCCCUGGAUCAACUGCCAUCACUCCUGGCACCCCACCAAGCUAUUCCUCACGCACCCCAGGCACUCCUGGAACCCCGAGCUACCCCAGGACCCCUCACACGCCAGGAACCCCCAAAUCGGCCAUCUUGGUGCCCAGCGAGAAGAAAGUUGCCAUCAUACGUACGCCUCCAAAAUCUCCCGCUACUCCCAAGCAACUUCGGCUUAUUAACCAACCACUGCCAGACCUGAAGAAUGUCAAAUCCAAAAUCGGAUCGACAGACAACAUCAAAUACCAGCCUAAAGGGGGGCAGGUUAGGAUUUUAAACAAGAAGAUCGAUUUUAGCAAGGUUCAGUCCCGAUGUGGUUCCAAGGAUAACAUCAAACAUUCUGCUGGGGGCGGAAAUGUACAGAUUGUUACCAAGAAGAUAGACCUAAGCCAUGUGACAUCCAAAUGUGGCUCUCUGAAGAAUAUCCGCCACAGGCCAGGCGGUGGCCGUGUGAAAAUUGAGAGUGUAAAACUGGAUUUCAAAGAAAAGGCCCAAGCUAAAGUCGGCUCACUUGACAAUGCUCACCACGUACCUGGAGGUGGUAACGUCAAGAUCGACAGCCAGAAGUUGAACUUCAGAGAGCAUGCAAAGGCCCGUGUGGACCACGGAGCUGAGAUCAUUACGCAAUCCCCAGGCAGAUCCAGCGUGGCGUCCCCCCGACGACUCAGCAAUGUCUCCUCUUCUGGAAGCAUCAACCUGCUCGAAUCCCCUCAGCUUGCCACUUUGGCCGAGGAUGUCACUGCUGCACUCGCUAAGCAGGGCUUGUGAAUAUUUCUCAUUUAGCAUUGAAGUAAUAAUAUUUAGGCAUGAGCUCUUGGCAGGAGUGGGCUCUGAGCAGGUGUUAUAGUCAUUCUUUACAAACCGUAAAAUAAAUAAUCUCAUUCCCAAACUGUAGUAAUUGUUACAAUUUUAUAAAAAACAAUGAAUAGUAUAUGCAGAAAUUGACUUGGUUUCCAUUUGCAGCAGGAAGACACUGGCUUUACAUGAGUACAAUUGGACAAUUAUUUUUGCUCUGCUCUGUUUUGCAUGGAGUAUUAUUAUUUCAAAUAUUGCAUUUUUACCUUUCAUGUGCCUGAAGGCUAUCCAUACAUUCUGAAAGGCCUUGUUGAAAUCCAAGCUGCUCAUUCCACUCUUCUGUUGCUGGGUGAAAAGAUAAAAGCUGCCCAUUUUAACUUAUUACAGGUUAAAUUAAAUCAAGGAGUCUGAUUGCAGGAAGGAAAGAGCAUGUAAGAAAUAAGGUUUUUUUUUUUUAAGUGUUAUUUUGUAUAAAUGGGAAGAAAGAUUCAGUUAAGUUAUUAACAUUUGGGACCUGGAUAAUUAUAUCAGAGUAUAAGUCAAUCCAAUAAAUUAUUUAACUAAUUAAAAAUAGUUACGAAGCAUUUGAGCUGUGGUUGAGGAAGCGAUAUAAAAGUGCAUCUCUUAGGAAUGAAGCACUUUCAUUAGGAUGGACUCAUGUCUGAUUAGAAUGUCAGUUGAUCAGCUAGAUUUGUGUCCACACUACCAGUUUCACACUCCCUUUCCAUCUGUUUGAUACAGUGUUAUAGAUAUAAAUAUAUAUAUAUUUCUCUGUGGCCAUUUGUGAUACUUCCUCAUAUACUUGAAUAUUAUACUUCCUUAUUCACAGUAUCUGUGUCUCCUGCACCCUUUGGUGUUGCAAUUUUAGGUAUGUGAAAGUAGAUGUUAGCAGGGUUCUUUCCCUAUUUAAAAAAAAUACAUUAAAAAAGAACAAAAAGUUUUAGCAUGAAGUUGCUUCCUGUAACAACUGAGAGCUGUAACCCUGUUUUAGUGCCAGAAACAAGUCUCUCCCGUGAUGCUAGGAAAAUUUAUUUUUCUUUGCUUUCACCAACAUGGAGUUUGUGGGGGUGGGUCCAGUUAUACAUUAAAAGGGUUUGCAGA